AUAUGAGUACACGCACGUAAAACUUUUCCAGAUGAUGCGAUAAAUGUGAGCCCGAGAUGCGGUGCAGAUCCGAUCCGAUUAGGAAUAUUAGGAUGCGAGCAUAAUGUUUACGUGCUGCUGCUGCUGCUACUGCCGCUGCUGUAUUGGAAACUUACUGUUGCUGCACUUACUUGAUGCUGCUACGGCGGCGGAAAGGAAAGAAGUAAUUCACUUUAGGAAACGUGUUGUAUGCUUUGGAUAUGUCGUAUUUCGUACAAAUAGAUUCCUCUUAUGACCUGAAAAUAAUCACGCUCCUACGCGCGCGAAUGUUACGGUAAUUGAAAACAAUUAACCUGGUGAAAAGUUGUUUGUGCGUAUGAAUUGAUUUGAUUUUUGCGUUUCACACACAGAGUAUAACGACGACGACGACGAAGAAUGGGUUGUGUCAAUAGUCGGACAGAUAUUAAUGAUCUGCAUCCAAACAUUUUCCAAGUAAUGAAUGUGGAUGAUCUAGGUAAUUUGAUCACGCCUGGACGUUUGGAAGUUACAGACACGGAUAUAGUGCUUUAUCAACGUGGCAAACAGCCGAUCAAAUGGCCAUUACGUUGUUUACGAAGAUACGGUUAUGACGCCGAAAUAUUUAGUUUUGAAUCGGGAAGAAGAUGUUCUACGGGGCCUGGCAUCUAUGCAUUCAAAUGCCGUCAAGCUGCACACUUAUUUAAUCUUGUACAAACAAACAUUCAGGUUUGCAAUAACAGCGGAGACGAUACGAUAUCCAGAGAACAUCCAGUUGCGUCUCAUCCUGCUGCCGCGAAUCCAAUAACGACAGCAACGACGCGAGUGACAAUACCAGUUGAGCCUAAUUAUUUGGAUCCAAUAUUGAAUAGGACGACCAAUAAUCGUGCGGUGGCAGGUCCUAGAUCUAUCAUUGUCAUGGAUGAUCAUCCACGUAAUCACCAAAACCAAGUUGAGGUUGAAAGAUUAGAUAGUUCGGAAAGUAGUACUGCUCUUAUAUCGCCCCAAAGAAAUGUAAAUCAAUCUCCCAUCACCACGUCGCCUCCUGUGUUGCCGCCUCUGCCGACAUCAUUUCCUCGAUCGCAUCCGCCACCGCCGCCGCCGUCGUCGUCCUCACUUUAUGUCAACGAAGAAAUAUUGUCAUCUUUCCUAUCGCCAUCGCCACUGGAAAUGGUGUUGGUGGAGCACAAUAAUAACCAAAAAAGCCUUGGAAGAGCGAUGAAACAGAGGUCUUGUAUAGUCACUGAUUCUAUAUCCGAUAACGGCGGCGGCGGCGGCGGUUCCAGGUUCACGCUCGAGGUGACGUCGCUGAACAAGCGUUUAGACAUCACUGCUCCUGCUGCUGGUGAAUCACCGCUCCCGGCAACGGGAACGGGAACUUACAUGAAUAUAGAUAUCAAUAGCGAUGUUAAUUUACUACUACUACCACCACCAUUAGUUUCUCCGAGUCAUAGCGUGUCCGAUACAACGACACAGGCAAUUAAAGUUAAGGAGGAGAACACGAGUGAUCGAAACACCGAAAGUAGUGGACAUGCUUACAUGAAUAUAAAUCCUGGCCAAGAACAUACGGAAUCUGUUGUUGGCGGCGGCGGUGUUGGUAGACCACGUCCUUCGACGUUGAUAUCUAUUCAGUCGCAGCAGAAUGCGGCGGCGGUAGAAGAAGCAACGAGACAUUGUUACGCGAAUCUAGAAUCGAGCGAGAUUGAAACGUUGAGAAAAAGAUUCUCCGGCGUGUCCGUAUCGGAGAAAUCACCGCCACCGAUGCCUCCGUCAACGCCUACGACGAUCAGCAGCAGUAGUAGUUGCUGCGGUGCUGCUGGUACAACGGUGAUCAGGGAAGUGAACUACGCCGUAUUGGAUUUGGAUACGAAGGACAUGACCACUGCCGCUGCCGGUUCACCGUUGGAUGGUCCCUCUUCGAAUCCCACCGCGUCUCCGCCGGAGUCGCCGAAUAACAACGAUCACAAGUUGCAGCAGCAGCAGCAGCAGAAGGGAUACGCUACGAUAGAUUUUAACAAAACGGCUGCUCUUUCCCAUUCGGUCAAUCCGAACUUGAACCUGGUGAACGACAACGAAGGCUCGAGAAAGACUCGUCAUAAUUCCACAAUUAGCGCCUUAACUGCUCCCUCUUCUUCUGCUUCCCACGUUAGACGUAGUUCAUCCGUGAGCGAGUGACCGAUCGUUCGUUUUCAUCUUUUGACUCUGUCUGUAUGUGUGUGUGCGUGUUUUUGCGUACCCGCGCGUGUCCUGUAUAACGGACAUUUCAUUAACAUUUAGACAGUAUGAGAUACUUUAUGAUACGUUUUACUCUCUUCGUUCUUUCCAAUCAAAUUCAGACAACUUUAAAUGAGAUGUAUAAUACCAAAGAAGAAAAGGAGAAGAACUGAAAUAGAUUAAAUUAGUUUUUAUACACAUUUUUUUAUCGCGCAUUCAUGAUUCAUCCGAGAUGGUAUCGCGCGCGUGAGAAGAAGAAAAUGUACUUUGCCAAGCAUCUGGUUCGAAAAACUGCAUUUCAUGAUUUGUUUUCUUCUGUACGGUUUUUAUAUUACGUCGUCUACUGCAAUACAACGUAUGGUACAUAUUUAGUUUUAUACGAUUUACAGGAAGGAGGUAUCGCAGUAUUUAAAAAAAAAAACAAGCUUUUUUCAACGUGAUGUUUUCUGACAUGCACAAAGAAAAAAACCUUUUAUAUUAUAAUAUACAAACAAAUAUGUUUAUAGAAUGAUGUACAUAAAGACCGAUUUUUUACAUUGAAUA